CAUUUUAACGGUGUUGAACCUGACAUCUCCCGUUUUGUUGGCUAACAACAAUGAAGAGAGAAGUGGAAAUUUAAACCGUGCUCUCAUAUCUUAUUAUAUUGUUUAUUUUCGACAAUACUCGAAAAGAAGAUCCGCAUUUUUACAAAGCUUCUGUAAGGUUGUAAUUCUUUCAUUGUCAGAACUGGAUGCAGAGACAUAUUUUUUUCUUGGCCGCCAGGACUGUCUCUGUAAGACUACGACCGCUUCAAACGCUUCUCAAGUGGCAUCCACUGAAGUGCAGAUCAUUUUUUGUCUUUUCAUGUUUUAAACAUCCCCCUCCAACUGUUCAUGCCCUUAAUUCAUCCAGGGCGAUCUGUCUGCUUUCUUUGCCAUCCCAUAAACGCAGUCUUCUACAAAACAGUCCUCCUUUGCUUUUCCUGUAUCAACGUUUCUAUAACGAGCCAGACAUGGCAGAACAGAGGUUCCUUGUGGAAUAUGCAAAACGUGGUACUGCAGGUUGCAAGAAAUGCAAGGACAAAAUCCAGAAAGGCAUAGUGCGGAUAGGGAAGAUUGUACCAAACCCCUUCAGUGAGUCUGCAGGAGAGAUGAAAGAGUGGUAUCAUGUCAAAUGUAUUUUUGAGAAGCUGGAAAGGGCAAGAGCCACCACAAAGAAGAUUGAGGACAUUACAGAUUUGGAGGGUUGGGAGGAGCUGCAGGAUGAAGACAAGGAGCAAAUUAAUAAACAUGUUUCAGCUCUAAUGGCCAAAGUCAAUGCAAGCCCAAAGAAGAAGGUGCAAGCGAAGUUGAACACCAGUGGCCAGCUGCAGUCUCCACCUGCUGAUCUAUCUGUCAAUGCUCCUCGCAAGUUUUCGGGCUUCACUGCUGCCAAAGCUGGCACCUCUAGCAGCUCAGGGCCAUCAUCCUCAUCCCCUGCCAAAGCCAGUCAAAGCAGCGCCCUGUCGGCACAGCUUUGUGACCUUCAGCAUAAGGAUUGUCUCUUCAGAGAGUUUCGUAAACUCUGUGCCAUGGUGGCAGAUAACAACAGCUACAAUGUCAAGACACAGAUUAUUGAAAAGUUUCUCAGGAAGGGUGCAGGUGGAGAUAAGUUCCAUGGAGAUCUUUACCUGACUGUUAAACUGCUAUUGCCAGGCGUUGUAAAAAGUGUCUACAACCUCAAUGACAAGCAGAUUGUUAAACUCUUUAGCCGUAUAUUCAAAUGCAACCAGGACACCAUGGUGCGAGAUUUGGAACAGGGAGACGUGUCUGAGACAGUGAGGAUGUUUUUUGAGGAGAGUAAAUCAUUUCCUCCUGCUGCAAAGAGCCUGUUGACUAUCCAGGAAGUUGACGCAUCAUUAACCCGCCUCGCCCAGCUGACCAAGGAGGAUGAGCAGCAGACCGAGUUGGAGGACAUAGCCAAAAAAUGCACCAGUAAUGACCUGAAAUGUAUCAUUCGACUUAUUAAACAUGACUUAAAGAUGAAUGCUGGCGCAAAACAUGUUCUGGAUGCAGUGGAUCCUAAUGCUUAUGAUGCCUUCAAGGCCUCACGUAACCUCGGAGAUGUGAUCGAACGUGUGUUAAGGAAUCAGCAGGAGGCUUCAAAUGGGUCGGGACCUAGAAAACUCCUGACUGUGGAAGCUUCACUCAUGACCCCCGUUCAGCCCAUGCUGGCAGAGGCUUGUAAAUCUAUCGAGUACGCCAUGAAGAAAUGCCCCAAUGGGAUGUACUCUGAGAUCAAGUAUGAUGGAGAACGUGUGCAGGUCCAUAAGAACGGAGACAGCUUCAGCUACUUCAGUCGUAGCCUCAAACCAGUGCUGCCGCACAAGGUGGCCCAUUUCAAAGACUACAUCCCUCAGGCCUUUCCUGGUGGUCACAGUAUGAUACUGGACGCCGAAGUCCUUCUGAUUGACACAAAGACCAGUAAACCGCUGCCUUUUGGUACCUUGGGAGUACACAAGAAAGCAGCCUUUCAAGAUGCCAAUGUUUGCCUUUUUGUUUUCGACUGUAUCUACUUCAAUGGCGUGAGUCUCAUGGAGAGGCCUUUGUGUGAGCGCAGGAAGUUUCUGCAUGACAACAUGGUCGAAGUAACCAACAGGAUUCUGUUCUCAGAGAUGAAACACGUCACGAGAGGAGGAGAUCUGGCUGAUAUGAUAACUCGUGUCAUUAGAGAGGGACUUGAGGGCCUGGUGCUAAAAGACAUAAAGGGCACCUAUGAACCAGGCAAGCGCCACUGGCUAAAGGUGAAGAAGGACUAUCUGAACGAAGGCGCGAUGGCUGACACAGCUGACCUGGUUGUGCUGGGGGCCUUUUAUGGGAAAGGCUCAAACGGGGGCAUCAUGUCCAGUUUUCUAAUGGGCUGUUAUGACCCAGACUCCAAGAAAUGGUGCACAGUCACCAAGUGUUCUGGAGGCUAUGACGACGCCACCCUGGCCAGACUCCAGAAAGAGCUGGAUGUGAUCAAAAUCAGCAAGGAGCCAAGCAAAAUUCCAGGCUGGUUGAAAAUAAUCAAGAAUUAUUAUCCAGAUUUCAUUAUUCGUGAUCCUCAGCAAGCACCUGUGUGGGAGAUCACAGGCGCCGAGUUUUCUAAAUCGGAAAUGCACACCGCUGAUGGCAUCUCUAUCCGCUUUCCCCGCAUGACACGCAUCCGUGAUGACAAGGAUUGGAAGAGUGCCACUAACUUGCACCAGCUUAAAGAAUUGUUUCGCAUAUCGAAGGAGAACUGUGACUUUAAAGUGACAGCCGGACCAUCGACAUCGAAUGAUGACAAGGGCUCAUCGGGAGGGGACAGUGGGGGAAACUCUCCAUCACUGCACGGAGGCGCUCCCGCAAAGAACAGUAACAUUUCUUCACCCAAACCAAAGGUGGUGAAAUCCCAGCCUCGCACUCCUGACUCAGAGCCACCUCGAGCCAAAAAGGCAAAGAGUGAAAGCGUUGACAGCAAUGGUCAAUCCAAAGCAAAGGCAACCUCUCAACUACUGGAGCCAAGAAACGAUAAGACUCUGCUGGACAUCUUCAGCGGCGUGAAGCUUUUCCUGCCCGAGGGAGUACAGGACUUUGCCAAACUAAGGCGCUACUUCGUGGCGUACGACGGAGACCUUGUACCGGACUACGACGCCGCCUCAGCCACGCACACUCUGUCUGACCCUGAAGGGGACAGCCAGGCCCAGAAGGUUACACCCAGCUGGAUCUGGGAAUGUAUCCGGAGGAGACGCAUAGUGCCUCCCUGUUAAAUAAAAGAAACACACACGUUUUAUAAACUGCGUUUACUUGACCAUAACCUGCUCCUCAUCACUCUAACUUGUUUCCACAUCCCUGUUGUGAGAAUAGACGUUGUAGAUGUGUUCAACUUCCCAGAUGUCUUUUUAAUUUAUUCUUCUAACUUGCUUGUUUUGUAUGUUUGCAAAUCAACAAGAGACAUCUAGACUUUUAGUUUUGGGAGUUUUUACUUUGAUAAGAAUAGCCGGUAAAGAUUGUGAUUAUCGGUGAUAGAUGUAGUUAAGUGAUGCCAUGUUGUUGAAAGGAAGUCUGUAGGAAAGUGAAAGUUCAUCGUAGAAUGUUUAACUCCAAAAUGUGGUGAAAGCAGCUCACUAGCACAGCAAAUCAUGAAAUACAUUUUUUUUAAAGCCAUCGUCCACACUACAGAUAAAAAUUAUUUAAGCUAAAGUGUUUAUCAGCAACAUGUACUAUUUUUACUGCCAUAGGGAAACAUUGUGACGUCUUAAACCCGACUCAUGAACUGAACACAACCAAAUUUGUCUGCUGUUAGGAAUAAACACAACGCUGAUAAGGACAAUAAAAAUGUCUCCCCAA